UUAAUCUUUUAGGUGAACAAAUCACUCUUGUUCUCUUCAAUUCACUGAAUUAUUUUCUGAAGUCCCAUUUGAAUUGUGUGACUAUUUCCUGCAGAAAAGGGCGGUGAGCGAAUCUGAAUGAAUCUUAUUAAUGAAUCGGUUUACUUGGAUGAAUCAAAGACCUCCUUUCAAAUAUUCAGAUUUUGUUAUAGAUAAAUAAGUUUUCUUUUUUUCAAAGACAGAUUCUUAAACUACAUUCGAAUCUUGGUCCACAGGCAUUAGCAUUUGAAGCUGUCCAAAGCAUCCGACUUGGUAGACUAAAAUAAGUAGGCUAAUGAAAGCGAAGAAAACAAAGGUAACGUUACAGGCGAGGAAAUGUGAGGUGGCUUUUCCCUACACCCCCGCGAACGAGGACGAGCUGGAUCUGGUUGUCGGGGAGACCAUCGAGAUUCUCAGAGAGAUUGAAGAUGGGUGGUGGAUUGGAAAGAAAAAUAACCGAGUUGGAGCCUUUCCAUCAAAUUUUGUGAAGGAAAUUUUUGUCCCUUCAAAAGAUGGCAAGACUACUGAAGCCACAGCCAGGCCUAAACUCUCUGAAGUCUUCAGUAAAGACGGAAAAGUACAACAGAGACCAAGUUUACGGAGAAAAACACCAAGUGUGAAAGAAUGUUGUCAGGCCAUGUUCGACUACACAGCUGUUACCGAAGACGAGUUGAACCUGAAGAAAGGAGAUGUCAUAGCAAUCAUCAACAAGACCACUGAGGACGAGGGCUGGUGGGAGGGGGAACUGAACGGACGCAGGGGCUUUUUUCCCGAUAACUUCGUCUUGGUGAUCCCAGCGGAUGUUCUUCAUACUGGUAAUGCAGGACAGCCACCGGUGAGACAUGGCUCUCAGAAAAACGCAGUGAACCAGAUGCCAGUGAUGGACCAGAACAGCUCUGACGCGAACCCAAAAACGGACACUAAAAGUGAGAAACCAGACACUAAAGAUUUUCGAAGUGACCCACCUGGUAAAAUUAAGUUGCCUGGUUUACACAAACCACCUGUUCCACCACCACCAGUGAAGGAGAAGCCCAUAAAACUAGUACCAAAAAAUGAAGAGCCACAACUUGUCUCGCCUAAACAGCCCCCUGCUUCACCAGUACAGAAAGAGGUUAAAGACAAUAAGGUUAAAGAGAAAAUCCCUGACCAGUUUGACGGUGUAGAUGUGUCCUCAGAGAAACUGAGCCAUCCCACAGCCAACAGAGCCAAGCCUCCACAGAGAAGACCACCAACAGCCCUCACCUCUGCCGGACAAGUUCUAGCUGAAAUUGACAACAAUGAAACUUCAGAAGAGAAAGAUGGAUUACCACAAAAUAUUCCAGAGGCUACAGAACCUCAGUCAUCACCUUCCACCAAGACAGACCAAGUAGUUAAGACCACUUCACCACCCAAGACACCGACUGAAAGCAAAGCUGUGGCUCAGGAGGAGAGCGCUUCCCUGGCCUCUGUGCUGACUGAACUCAAAGAUCUCCGCAUGUCACUGGAUCUCCUCAAAGCGCAGCAUGAGAGAGACAUAAAGGAGCUUAAAGGUGAACUGAAGGACGAGAUGGAAAAAAGAAUGAGAUUACAGGAUGAAGUGGAGGCUUUGAGGAAAAAACAGUGAGCAAUGAACACCAGAAGUAUUUCACUACCCCCAGUGAUCCUUCGACAUGGACGUAAAGGCUACAGAAAGAGGAUGUUGAGAGAAUGGAAAUCCAGCACAUGUGACUGAAUGAUUCAUUCUUGGUUGAGUGGACUAGAAGCUAGAGCUCCAUUCAGAUAGCAGAACUACAAAAAGACUUCUUGGUUUCUCAUACUCUGCUUAUGAGCUCUUUUGGUCGUGGGAGUCUUCGCCACUCAUUUCUUAAGACAUUAUGUGCAUUUUUGGAAAUGUGUAAAUAGCAGAUAUCCAAUAUCUUAUAUUUUCAUGGAAAUUCAGGGAUAAUGUAGGUCAUAUUUUAAGGCAUUAACACACUUUCUAUUAUUAAUAUAUUUCUGCUUUGUGGUUGUGUUCUGUAACAAAUAAAUCAAUAGAUAGUUCCACUGAUGUUGUCGAAAUGUUUUUGCUCCAAGCCUGAUUUACCCAGAGACGUUCAUGAUAAGCAUGACAUGGCAUCUUUUUUAAAGCAUAAAUGUUUUAUCUGUUACGAUAUAAAACAAGAUGACUUUAUUUUUGUGAGUGAAUUAUACCAUUGUACAAAUACAGAACUGGUAUCAAAUGCACACAACCUAUAUGAACAAAGUAUUAAAAUAAUUUGUUCAUAACCCCCGUGACCUGACUGAAAAGAAUCUUAUGAAAUGACACAAAACACAAUUUGAUUGGCUCCAGGUCAUUUGUGACAAAUUAUAACACAGCAAAUGUUGUUUAAAAGCUCUGAAUGGCACGAAUAGGCUUUGCUUUGUCCCUAACCAGAAUGUGAAAGUAAAUUUUCCCUUGGUGAAGAUGUGAUGUGAGACUGGUGUGGAUUUAAUUUCCCUUUAGACCGAAAACAGCAUCUGGAAACCAUGUGGAAUACAUUAGAUCUUCAUAGUCAUAAUCAUUGGGAAUGGACUAUAUUUAAUGACAUACAGACUAAUUCCAAAUAGAAAUAUGUUUGUAAUUUUUUAUAGGUUGCAUUACAGUGAUGACAGUACCAUUAGUCAAAACAGACUCAAAUUCUUGACUUUUUCGGGCUCAUCUAUGGAUGUCAUGUGGGUUCUUAACAUAUUAGGUGUCCUAUGAGCAGUUCUCAAGUUUACUUUUAGUUAAACAAUGACAAAAAGUUGUUUUACUAGAAAACUAGCAUUCUGUCCUGUGUAAAUACUUUUUAUUGGUAUGCUUUGGUCUAAAUGUUUGAGUUUCAGUAUUUUCAAUGAAUGUAAAGCUCAAUAAUAUUUAUAUGAAACACAUCUAGCCAUGAUCUCGUCGUAUUAUUCCACAUUCCAUAGUCAGAGGUAAUUUUUGAACUAAAAUGAUACAAUAACAUCAAAUUGGUGAGCAAAUAUAACUUUCAUGAAAGACAAGAUGCCCAAAAAACAACCAUGAAAUUUAUUGUAAAACGCACAUGAAGAUUUGAUUAAUCAGGUGUGCAAAUAUGUCAUUUAAUAUUUGUUACUGAUAUACUCUGAUGGCUCUGAGAGUUUUAACAGAUGAUUGCUUGGCAAAUCAACCCUUGAUUGUUUUAACCUGCUUUUGCUGAUUUGUAUUACCAUGUUACUUGAGAUUCUGAGCAUGACCCGUGUUGAGCAGGAUUCAUUUUUUUCUUUGGCUUUAUUUAGGAAUGCACAAUAUAUAUCGGUACCAUAUCAGUUAUGAGUUGUUAGACAUUUUGAAAGUUUAUCAAUAUUGGGCGAUAAUUGAUUUUUCUUGUGCAGGCUCAUUUCAAAAUCCCACUUUUUAACUUUUUACCAUCUCACAUUUUACCAUCAUCAAACUCAAAAUUAAUCUUGAAAAACAUUGCAAAUCUCAAAGUAAUAUCUAGUUUUCAUAUCAUACAUUAUAAUGUUGUGAUGCCUAUUUGCUAUUUCACAUUAUUGCAUUUAAAACAAUGAAC